AUGUCGAAUGGAAAUGCUGUUGGAAUCGAUUUGGGUUCGACAUAUUCCUGCGUUGGAGUUUGGAAAAACGAUCGAAUUGAAAUUAUUACUAAUGACCAGGGUCUUCGUACGACACCUUCGUAUGUCGCUUUCACCGAAACAGAACGCCUUAUCGGUGAUGCUGCCAAAAAUCAAGUUAAUAUGAACCCUUAUAAUACUAUAUUUAAUGUUAAACGUCUCAUUGGACGUAAUUUUAACGAUGAAGUUAUUCAAUCCGAUAUUAAGCAUUGGCCAUUUAAAAUCAUCGAAAAGAAUGGAAAGCCAUAUAUCCAAGUCAGAUUCAAAGGCGAAAAGAAAGAUUUCACGCCCGAAGAAAUUUCUUCUAUGAUCUUGGUAAAGUUAAAGGAAAUUGCAGAAGCUUACCUUGGUACAAAAGUCAAUAAUGCCGUAAUUACUUCACCUGCUUUCUUUAAUGAUUCUCAACGUCAAGCAAUAAAAGAUGCUGGUGAAAUCGCUGGUUUGAAGGUAUUGCGCAUAAUUAAUGAAGCAACCGCGGCGGCUAUUGCUUACGGUUUGAAUACAAAAGCUUGUGGUGAACGAAACGUUCUUAUCUAUGAUUUAGGUGGUGGUUCUUUUGAUGUUUCACUCCUAACUAUAGAGGAAGGAAUUUUUGAAGUAAAAGCCGUUGCUGGUGACACACAUCUUGGCGGUGAAGAUUUCGACAAUCGACUUGUAAAUCAUUUCGUACUAGAAUUCAACCGAAAAUUUAAGGAAGAUCUUACAACGAAUGCACGUGCUUUCCGUCGAUUAAGGACAGCUUGUGAACGUGCAAAGCGUGAACUUUCAUCAUCAUUAAAAUCUUCCAUAGAAAUAGAUUCCCUUUUCAAAGGUAUCGAUUUUUAUACCUCCUUAACGCGUGCGAAAUUUGAAGUAUUGAAUCAAGACUUGUUUCAAUCUACAAUGGAAAAUGUUGAAAAAGUACUUCGAGAUUCCAAAUUAGACAAAAGUCAAAUUCAUGAAAUUAUUCUAGUUGGUGGUUCAACACGUAUUCCUAAAAUUCAAAAGUUGGUAUCUGAGUUCUUCAAUUAUAAAGAACCAAACAAAUCUGUUAAUCCUGAUGAAGCCAUGGCCUAUGGUGCCGCCAUUCAGGCUGCUAUUUUAUCUGGUGAUACUUCUGAAAAGACUCAAGAUUUACUUUUACUCGAUAUCGCUGCUUUAUCUCUGGGUAUUGAAACUACUGGCGGUAUCAUGAAACCACUUAUUAAACGCAAUACUACAGUACCUAUUAAGAAAUCCGAAAUUAUUUCAACAGAUUUUGACAAUCAAUCGGAAAUGCUUAUUCGAAUUUAUGAAGGUGAACGUGCCUGCACCAAGGAUAACAAUUUGCUUGGAGAAUUCAAAUUGUCUGAAAUUCAUCCAGCACCAAAGGGUAUUCCAAAAAUCGAAGUUACCUUUGAUAUAGAAGCAGAUGGUAUCUUAAACGCAUGUAUUGGAUAUUCAUUAAUUAUACUUGUUGUAUCCGCUGUUGAUAAAAGAACUGGAAGAUCGAAGAAAAUGACCAUCACGAAUGACAAAGGUCGAUUGUCAAAGGAAGAAAUCGAACUUGCCGAAGCCGAAAAAUAUCGUGAAGACGAUGAGAAAAUUGCACAAGAUAUACAUGCACGAAAUCUUUUGGAAAGUUAUGCAUAUAACUUACGUAACAUACUUCAUAGCGAACAAGUUGCUGGUAAUCUUGACCUAGCAAGCAAGGUGAAACUUGAAGAUGCAAUUCAAAAAUCGAUUACAUGGCUUGAAAAUAACCCAGCCGCAAUGAGGGGAGAAUAUGAUUAUAAACAAAGAUCACUCAAAAAGUUAGCUGACUCAAUAAUAAUGAAAAUUUGUGGCACAGGCGCCAGUUUUGGUCCCGGUGGCUUUCCAGUAAAUCCACUUAAGCAUGAAUUCGAAAAUCGGUUAUAUGCAGUUGAACUUGAUAUCGUCAAAUAUGCCGUUUCGGAAUGA